AUGCGAUACAAAUCGACAUCUUUACUCCUUCUCCCACUCUCAACAUCCUCCCCCACGACCAAAGCAAAGGAAACACCACUCAACUCAAUAACCAUCAACACCGCCAUCGCCCCAACACAACCCCCAAAUCCCAUCGCAGCGCGAACAACCCCAACCACCACAACCUCGAUCCCGCAACUCCCGAUCCCGAUCCCAAUUCCAAUGUCAACGACAGGGACAGGACCUACGACAAGUCCUAGCAAAAGCGAUACAACCGACAGCACAGCCGAAGGAGGACAGGAAGAAGGCGACUCCUCCCUAACGACGACGAUAACAAUCACGCGCAACGCGACGACGACGAUAAGGCCCACUCUGACCGUGACAUCACUGUUCCCGUCGGCGGGGUCGACUACGUCGAGAGCGUCCGCGUCCGUCAGUGUUUCUCAUAAUCUGUUAACCGUUCGCGACGCUAAUUUUAUAUUUCUUCGCAUGAUAUCGACAGAUCAUGAAAGAGUUGAAUACAUCGCCAAAUAA